UUGAGCUCCCUCAAAACUAGCUUAUUUUUUAGCAUCUUCUUCUUUGAAAUACAAGCAAACAUGACGAUAUUGAUCGGAACCAAAAAGCUCGUCAAAAUGGCGAGGACGUGGCAACGACUUGUCGCUAUAAGUGGGAAGAGAAUUACAUUGCCAAGGCCAUCGAACCAAGAAGCCGAUGCAAGCGGCGGCGGCGGCGGCGGCACAUCAACAUCAACGGCUGAGAAGGGUUGCUUUGUUGUAUAUACCACAGAUUCGAGACGAUUUGCUCUUCCUUUGGCGUAUCUUAAGAGUGGCAUCUUUAGAGAGAUUCUUAAAUUGGCAGAAGAAGAGUUCGGAUUGCCAAGCAAUGGACCUCUCACUUUGCCUUUCGACGCGGUCUUUAUGGAGUAUUUACUUUCAUUGAUCCGGAGAAAUGUAGCUAAUGAUAUUCUUGAGAAAGCAUUAUUGACAACGUCCACGUCAAAUGGUCGUUGCUUCAGCUCAUCUUCCUACCUUCACCAAGAACAAGAAAAUCCACGAUUAGUGCUCUGCGGAUUCUGAGCAGUAUCAUUUUUUUUUUCUGUCAUUAAUUUGUAAUCAUCAUACUACAUAGCGAAUUGAUAUGUUUAAUAUUCAUU